UUCGCGGCACACCCGGCAGCAAAAAGAUCAAAAGCAUGUCAACAACGGGUGCCCCGAGCCCGUCCACGACAGCGACGGCUCUCCUGUGCGUCGUCCUGGCCGCCGCCGCGGCGUCGUCGGCCGCGCGCGCCCAGCAGUGCGGGUCGCAGGCCGGCGGCGCGCUCUGCGGCGACUGCCUCUGCUGCAGCCGCUUCGGCUUCUGCGGCUCCACCGACCCGUACUGCGGCGCCGGCUGCCAGAGCCAGUGCGCCGGCUGCGGCGCCAGCGUGGCGUCCGUGCUGCCGAGGGACCUCUUCGAGCGGCUCCUCCUCCACCGCAACGACGCCGCGUGCCCCGCGCGCGGCUUCUACACCUACGACGCCUUCCUCGCCGCCGCGGCCGCCUUCCCGGCCUUCGGCACGACGGGCGGCGACGAGCAGCGGAAGCGCGAGGUCGCCGCGUUCCUGGGCCAGACCUCCCACGAGACCACCGGCGGGUGGCCGGCCGCCCCCGACGGGCCCUUCUCGUGGGGCUACUGCUUCAAGCAGGAGCGCUCCCCGCCGUCCGACUACUGCGACCCGCGGCCGGAGUGGCCGUGCGCCCCCGGCAAGAAGUACUUCGGCCGCGGCCCCAUCCAGCUCUCCUACAACUACAACUACGGGCCGGCGGGGAGGGCCAUCGGGGUGGACCUCCUGAGCAACCCGGACCUGGUGGCGACGGACCCCGUGGUGUCCUUCAAGACGGCGCUGUGGUUCUGGAUGACGGCGCGGGGCAACAAGCCGUCGUGCCACGCCGUGAUCACGGGGCAGUGGGCGCCCACGGCCGCGGACAGGGCGGCCGGCCGGGGCGCGCCGGGCUACGGCGUGGUCACCAACGUCAUCAACGGCGGGCUCGAGUGCGGGCACGGCGCGGACCCGCGGGUCGCCGACCGCAUCGGGUUCUACAAGCGCUACUGCGACGUCUUCCGCAUCGGCUACGGGAGCGGCGACCUCGACUGCGGCGGCCAGAGGCCGUUCAACGCCGCGGUUGCGGUCGGCGACGGCCUGGCGGCGCAGUGAGUGCGUUGCCCCGCGCCUGGAUCGGCGAGGGGACUACUACUCGUGCUAGAUCGUCAGUGUGAUCACCUGAUAAAAUCGAGGACUUGCUGUGUGGGCAUGUUCUUUGCAUUUUUGUACAUUUUACACCGAUCUGCAAAGGCACGGAUGCCUCGGUUUGAAUAAAGUUCAUGUAAAAGUUUGUGCUGAAUUCCGAAAAUAAAGAACUUGUUCUCUCUGGCGCGGCCGUUGCCGCGCCUAGCUGA